CGGAAGUGCCCCCGUGGCGGGCGCUGCGGCCAUGGCGGCCCCGGGCCCCGCGCUCUGCCUCUUCGACGUGGACGGGACGUUGACGGCCCCGCGCCAGAAAAUCACCCAAGAAAUGGAUAACUUCCUACAGAACCUGAGGCGGAAGAUAAAGAUUGGCGUCGUAGGAGGAUCCGACUUUGCAAAAGUACAGGAGCAGCUGGGAGAUGACGUGGUUGGGAAAUUCGACUACGUCUUCCCCGAAAACGGCCUGGUCGCGUACAAGGACGGCAAGUUCCUGUGUAGGCAAAGUAUACAGAGUCAUCUGGGUGAAGACUUAAUCCAAGAUUUAAUCAACUACUGUCUGAGUUACAUUGCAAAGAUUAAGCUGCCAAAGAAGAGGGGCACUUUCAUUGAAUUCCGAAGUGGGAUGUUAAAUGUGUCUCCUAUUGGAAGAAGCUGUUCACAGGAAGAGAGAUUGGAGUUCUAUGAACUAGAUCAAAAAGAAAAUAUAAGGGGGAAAUUUGUAGCCGAUCUCCAAAAACAAUUUGUAGGAAAGGGGCUGACGUUUUCCAUAGGAGGCCAAAUAAGUGUCGAUAUAUUUCCCGAUGGGUGGGAUAAGAGAUUCUGUUUGGGACAAGUGGAAAACGACGGCUACAAGACUAUUUAUUUCUUCGGAGAUAAAACGAUGCCUGGUGGAAACGACUAUGAAAUCUUUACAGAUGCCCGAACAGUAGGUUACACAGUAACUAGACCAGAGGACACCCAGAGAAUCUGCGAAAAGCUCUUCUUGUAGCCAGCGGAAUUUAGUUCCUCACUUAUAGGCGAAGGAAACCAAAUCCAAAGUCCAUCUUCAUGCGCAAACUGAGAUGUUAAAAACAGAGGGGGGGAAAAAAAAUCACCAUUUGAACGUAAGAGCCCCCCCAUCUCCUUGUCCUAAAAAGGUCUUACAUCAAGUUGCCUUUUAAGCCAGUUUGUAGGGGACUAGGUCAGUGGGAGAACAGGGGAGACCCUUAAAAGGCAGAGAGCUUUCAAGCUGGCCAAGUCUCCCAUGCCCCUCCCUUGUUGGUACAGUGAGUUGGAACACAGAACAGUUGUGUUGGAUAACUUUCCGGCUCGUAUUUUAGCCUAAAUCCCACUCAGGGCUAGAUUUUAUUUUUGCUUGUUUUUCUACCAAGGCAAGUUGGAGAGUCGACCUUUACCAGUGGACAUUAUUCAUCCUGGGGGAUGGGAAACAAAAGAAACGGAGGCUUUGGCGAACCUUUGAAGAAUGAGUAUGGUACUUAAAAUGUGAUGCUUAUUCAGACUUUUGUCUCCCAACUCAGUAGCAUGAAGUGUGGAUUGUAACUUGGUUUGGAAAGUUUGAGGAACACGUUUGUGAAGCAAUGCGAUAUUAAUGACUACUGAUCCCACUCCCUUCCUGAAUCAAAGCUGCCAAUUCUGAUUUUGGGUUUAAUGAAAGUUUGUGAUUAGAGGAGUUGUCAAAACUCUGUUAGGGACUGAAUUAAUUGUGAUUGUUCAAGUUUGCAUAAAAUCAAAUGCAUCCA